AAGUAAAAGGACCAUCCAUCAUUUUUCUUUCUAUAUAAAAACCAUUCUACCAUAAACUGGAACUUCAAGCUCACGGUGCCUUCGCCAGAACCCAUCACCAUCUACGCCAAUCAACCGCCGCAUCAUCACCAAGAAACGUUCGCCGCCGGUGAAAUGGAUUACUACUCUUGGUUCGACGAAGCUUCUAUCCAAGACAUGAACUACUUCGUCAAAACCAUCACCGGCAUCAAAUCCAAAGGCAUCCGACCAGACGUCAUCGGCUCCAUCAUCGCUCAUUACGCUUCAAAGUGGCUCCCUGACCUCUCCGGUAACCUCUCCGCCACCACGGCGCCGCCACCACCACCGACGACGGAGAGCGUUACGGCUUCCGUAAUGAAGAAACGCUUUUUCGUCGAAACUCUAACCGGAAUCCUCCCUCCGGAGAAAGACUCCGUUCCAUGCAACUUCCUCCUCCGUCUCCUCAGGACAGCGAAAAUGGUCGGAACCAAUCAGAACUACUUAACGGAUCUUGAAAACAGAGUGUCUUGGCAGCUCGACCAAGCUUCCCUCAAGGAGCUCAUGAUACCUUCGUUUAGCCACACGUGCGGGACUUUGCUUGACGUUGAACUCGUGACGCGUCUUGUGAAGAAGUUCGUUGGUUUAGACAGUGAAGGUGUUAAGACCGGUGCCGCUCUUGUUAAAGUGGCUAAGCUUGUUGACUCUUACCUCGCUGAAGCUGCCAUUGACGGUGGUUUGACUCUAUUGGAGUUUAUAUCACUAAUCAAAGCUCUGCCUAGCCAUGCUCGUACCACAGAGGAUGGCUUGUACCGCGCCGUUGAUACAUAUCUCAAGGCUCAUCCUCAAGUGUUGAAGCAAGAAAGGAAGGCACUGUGUAGACUCAUCGAUAGCAGAAAGCUAUCACCAGAAGCAGCUCUACAUGCAGCUCAGAACGAUCGUUUACCAGUGAGAUCAAUCAUCAGAGUGUUGUUCACUGAGCAGACAAAAAUAAGCCGUCACAUUGACUGGAGUCCAUCUGCCUCACAUUACUCCGAGCCAGGCUCUGGGCCACAGUGCUUGUCCAAACGCGAGAUGAAUGUUCAGCAAGCGGAGAUAAAGAGGCUUAGAGAUGAUGUGCUGAGGCUCCAGAGUGAGUGCGGUGCCAUGCAUAUGCAGCUGGAGAGGCUUAUGGAGAAGAAAAGUGGUGGUGGGAGUAAAGGGUUUUUCCGGUGGAAGAGACCUUCCACUAGAGGAAGUGUUGGCGUUGAAAAGAUGAUGAACGGUGAAGAAGAAGUAGGUGAUAAUGGUGAAGGAUUGAGCCUAGGACUCCUGGGAAUAUGAAGACAAGGCUGUUAAAGGAAGAACAACACCUUCAAGGUGGAGAAAAUCUAUGUCAUAAUGUUGCAUUAAUAAUGGAAACAACACAAUAAGCAUAAAUGAGCAACAAUGAAAAAUUCUUCUUUAUACAUAAACAAUGAA